AUGACAACUGAAAUAUUUAUGAGUUGGUUCCAACGGUUUGUCAAGUUUUCUGGUGCGUCAAUAACUAACCCGGCCUUGCUUCUUUUAGAUAGUCAUGUAACACAUACGCAAAACAUUUCAGUUAUUGAAUAUGCACGCAAAAAUGGCGUUGUAAUGCUUUGCUUUCCCCCGCACUGCAUCCAUAGGCUUCAACCCUUAGAUGUUGGCUUUAUGAAACCUUUAAGUGUAUACUAUGACUACGCUUGCUCUACUUGGUUAAUGUCACACCCUGGGCGAAUAAUAACAACAUUUCAAAUAAGCGAAAUAUUUGCAAAUGCAUAUAUACAAGCUGCAACAAUGUCUACAGCAAUCAAUGCCUUCCAAAAAUAUGGCAUAUGGCCUUUCAAUCAGAAUAACUUUACAGAUUCAGAUUUUUCAGCUGCCUCAACCACAGACGUACCGCUAGCAAACAAUGAGUCUGAAACAGGUCCUUUAAAUGUCGGAGUCCAGCAACAACCGCCGCCACCUAUCCUUGAAGACAUUCCCUUGAAGCAGAUUUGCCUGCUUUAA